UGCUGGAAUGCGGUCAGAAUGCGCAGCACCUGAAACCAAUUGAGUCUUUGCACUCAAAAGCUGUGUUUGUGUCACCUUGACGGCGGCACUUGUGACAGGUACACCGAGGUCAGGAGCGGCGACAUUUCAGAGAGCAGGCACCCCUGGAGAAGACGGCCCAAGAAGAGUAAAGGGCCUCACAGUGAAGGCGCCAGGAGACGGAGGAGCGAGUGAGGUCACAACUGUCAUGAACCUGUCCUGUGUCAGUGCAGACAUGGAGUCCUCGGAGGUCACCAACCCCUACGGUCACAUCACCCUCCCGCGGGCUCAGCUAAAGAUCACCAACUUGGACAACAGCACCGUCAUCAGCAACCCGAUGGCCAGAGAGCAGGAGCAGCUCCCGCCGGGGGGCUUCAUGCCUCAAGGUGGGCGAGUCGUCAUGACGUCACAAAUGAACGGCGCUAACCAGAGCAGCGUCACGGCGCCAUACGGGGCAGCAUACGGUGCAGCUGUCCAGCACGGUGGGAAGACGCGACCCAAGUCUGAGUCCGAGGGGGGCACCUGCUGCACCUGCUGCUCCUGCUGCCGGAAGAAGUGCUGCUGUGUGGUGUCCUAAACGCUGCCCCCUGCUGGCAGCUGUCCAUCGUCCAUUCUCUCCUGUGGACACUCGAAACUAAAAGAAGAGGCCUUGUUACCUAUACUGGCCAGAGUUAUCUUCACCAAGGGGAGAUGCCAUGAUGUUGCCCGUUUUCCACCACCCACCUCCUCCACCCAUCAUCAUUUAGGUCUCUCCAGUGGUGGGCUUCCAUCCCAGCUGUCCCUCACCAGCUCACAUUUGGUGGCCUGAAUGAUAACACAGGGUUUCAUGAUUCCUGAGAUCCCAGCAGGUGGUAGGCUGGAAUGGCCCAAACCUGACCAGGGGGACAACAAGAGAGGGGACCGAACACCGGAGAUGUGACUCUGAGCUGACCAGACAAACGACUUUGUGUCCGAGAUCUGUGAGUACAAUGCUGGACUUUGGGGGACUGUGGACUCCCCUCCAGCUGACCUCUUACAAGCCACCUGAAGUGAGGGUCCUCCAUGAGUGCAGCCCACCCUGGUCACAGCAUGCCCACCCUUCACUCCUUUAAAGAAUUCAGAAAGUCAGCCCACCAUGUGUGGUCCCAUGUUUGGCAAGUUCUUCUUGUGCCCAGGAGAAGGUCAGGGUUGGCAUUGGCUCCUCCCUGGUGCCCUGAUGCUGCUAGGACAGACUCUGCCCACCCCCCUCAAUGCCCCUCCAUUGGAGUUUUCACUUCAAAUGUUUAUUAAACUUUGUUCUUUUUUGAAGUCUCAA